AUGUCUUGGGGCCAGACCGACACCCAUGGUGGCGGUGACCAGUGGGUUGGUGGUGAUGACACCGGUGCUGGAUACAAUGCUGCCGACUUCGACGGUGGCAAUGAUGGUUUCGGCGCUGGUGAUCAUGAGGGCGCAGAUCGUCCCCGUGGUGCCUGCUACAAUUGUGGUGAGGAGGGCCACAACAAGGCUGAUUGCCCCAAUCCUCGCGUCGAGCGUGAGUUCACUGGCGAGUGCCGCACCUGUGGCAAGGAGGGACAUCGUGCUGUUGACUGUCCCGACCGACCUCCCCAGAUGUGCAACAACUGUGGCCAGGAAGGUCACAUGGUCGCCGAGUGCCAGAAUGCUCGCGUCAUUGAUCGCUCCAACGUUCGUGACGUUGAAGGUGUCGUCGCCUGGGACAAGAUGGUCGAGGCAGCCAAGAUCCGCGACAUGGACGAUGUGAAGGAGGGAUUUCAGGAAUACGUCAAAGCCAGUCCCGAUCUCACUUACCUGGAUGUCGAGAAGGGCUUUCGCGAUCAGGAUGCCGGCAUCUACAUCAUUGCUAUUGAGAAGCCCCAGCUCAUUGGCGCCUUGACCAAUAUGGAUCUUCAGGGAAACCUUGGAAAGAAGUAUACCAUUACUUUCCGGUUCGACAACAAGCCCCUGCGUGAGAGAGAGCGUCAGUUCUUCCCCAAGGAUGCAGCCGAGAACUUGGAGCGCCUCAGUGAUGCUGGCGAGCCGGUUGACAGCCGCAAGAUGAAGUGCUCCAACUGCUCCGAGUACGGUCACAUCUCCAAGAACUGCCCCGAGGACAAGGUUGAGAAAGAGCAGGCUGUGGUCAAGUGCUUUCACUGUGGUGAGGAGGGUCAUCGAGUCCGCGAUUGCCCUCAACCCCGAGUUGACAAGUUUGCUUGCAAGAAUUGCCAGCAGCCCGGCCACAAGGCCUCUGAUUGCCCCGAGCCUCCCAACCCGGCCAACGUCGAUUGCCGCAAGUGUGGUGAGAAGGGCCACUUCUCUCGUGACUGCCCCCAGGGAGGCGGUGGUGGUGGUGCUUGCCACAAUUGUGGUCAGGAGGGUCACCGUGCCAGAGACUGCACCGAGGAGAAGAAGAUCAUCUGCCGCAACUGCGAUGCUGAAGGUCACACUGGACGCGAGUGUCCUAAGCCCCGUGACUAUUCCCGAGUCAAGUGCUCCAACUGUGGUGAGAUGGGUCACACCAAGGUCCGCUGCAAGCAGCCUGUUCCCACUGAGGACGCUGAUGGCGAUGCUGGAGACAGCUUUGGUGGAGCCUCUGAGGCCAUGAACGACUUUGCCGCCGGAGACCAGAAUACGGGCGAUUUCGGUGCCAACCAGAUGGGUCACGGCUAUGUUGAAGGCCCUACCGCCGGUGACUGGUAG